AUGACGGAUUGUACGAAAACCCUGAAAAUCGAAGCACAAGACGGUCCCAUGACUGUGGUAUUUGGCGAGGCAACAACUGAGCAACGGCCGCACUGUCAUCAGCUCGCCACCCACUUCCGCUUGCCACUUUCAGAAACAGAUUACCUAGCGAGGGAGGACUUCCUCGGACAACACCCGCUCACUCGUGGUUCGGGAUGUCGAUUAUGGUGCCUAGCAAGAGCCGACAACCCGAACGUGGUCGUUGCUACUUGCAAGACAAUCCGCAGAGAUCUAAUCAUCCGGGACAUCCACGCAACCUGCCAAGAUGUGGGAUACUGUGUUUCGUCCGUCGUCACUGACGCGCGAUAUCGUCGGCUGGGAUUGGCAUCGUGUCUCAUGAAAAACGUUGCUAAAUGGAUGGAUGGGCAGAGCAGCGGGGCCGCGAGUAUGUUAUACACGAGCAUUGGAAAGUUCUACGCCAGAAGAGGAUGGAGAAUGUUGCCAGCAUUUCAGUCCGUUCUGUCUAUCAGCCCCUCCGUCUCUACGGAAUGUGCCGGCUUCUUCCCGACCCGACCCUUGACGAAGAUUGAUAUUCCUAGACUGUGUUCGCAUGAUCUGGAGUGUCUCAAGACUGAAAUCAAAGAAAUUGAACUCCAGCCCACGGAGACACUCAUGUCUGUCCUACCUACCGCAGAUCUGGGCGCUAUCUGCGAGCAUGAAGACUCAUGGGUUUACUGGUUUCACGACUUUCGUAAGCAAAAAUUAGUUCUUCAGCGGGUCAGAGUUGGGAAAGCACAGGCGACUACAUUGUGCCUUGCCAGUCUUUUCCUUGCCGCUGUGAUCGAAGCCAGGACCUGGGGUUUGCCGAAUGUGGUUGUGUGGACUCCCGAUGCAGAAUCACUUCUUGCACUUGACCUCUUAGCCAAAAAGGGGUUUGAGGUCAUCAGUGAAGAACGCGAUGGUACAUCAAUACCAUCGGUGAGGUGGGCAGGCGGCGAUGAAAGCAUAAAAACCGUGUUCUGGCCGAAUGAGUUCUUUGCUUGGAGUUAG